AUGCUCCUCUCCGUACCCUGUUUUGUCGUUCAGCUGCUGACUUGUGGGUUAGACGGCGUGGUGCUUUCCUGGCAGCUGAACCACCGUUCUGGGCGUCUGGAACCAAACGAGCGAUUCGCACUGCUUUCCGAGAACAUUCGACCCCACUUGAAGCUGAGGGCUGGGGGCAACGGCUCCGCCAUUGGUGUAACCUGCAUCUCUAUCAGCCGUUUUGACCCCACGAUGUUCAUGAUGGGGACCGAGGGCGGAGCAGUUUUACAGGGGUCCCUGUCGAUUUCAAAGCCCCUUCCAUCAACAAUGGACACCUCUUUGGGGAAGGGUCACUCUUACAAGUGUCCCGUAAUGGCGGGGUUCGUCUCCCACCGUGGUCACACCCUAGACAUCCACUGCUCUCCAUUCGAGAGAAACGUUUUUCUUUCGGCAGGCACAGACCGGGAACUCAACGUAUUCAGCCUUCUACAGCCAAGCCCAGUGAUGUGUUUAGAGCUGCAAGAUUCUAUAGCUAAAGCGCGCUGGUCCCUAUCGCAACCACUGCUGAUAGCCACGCUGCAAUGUGAUGGCUGCCUGAGGAUCUACGACUUGCGCUCUGCAAAAGUUCCCAUGGCGGAGUUGACAACGGGCUCGCACAGCGGCAAUGGAACAGCGCUGGAAUACUGUAGGCAGAGCCCGGAGCUUCUUUGCGUCGCUCGCGAGCUGGGUUCAGCUCAGGUUUGGACUUUGGGUUCCAAGCUGGCGACUGCAAGUGACACGGGUCAGAACGACCUCAUCGCAGAGAUUGCCAAUGGGACAUUCGUCGCUGCCUGA